GUGGGUCGACGUCAUAAUAGCACGCAACACGCGACGGGUGAAUUUACAUCAGAUAAGUACUAUUGCCGCGACUACAACUUUUUGAUUGCCAAUCUACAGAAGCGAGGUAUUGUCUGGACCCUGAGAACCAUGAACUCUCGCGCAGAUUCCAGUCUGGAACGACCACUGCCCCGACCGCCGAGGUCACCAGCCCACGCUCAACGGAUACGCAGCCAAAACCGACGGCGACAGUAUCUACAUCGUCACCCAUCGUAUUACAGCUCACUUGACCAUGAGCUAACCAAUCCUGUGCUGUAUGAGAGACUCGUGAAGCGCUUCCAAACUGCGGCGGAGAGGACGGCAGACGCAAAAGACAAGGGGUAUGGGCGCACGUUGGAAGCAUCGCUGCUGCGAGGUGAAGAUACCCUCGCGGGGCUACGGUCCCAAGAAACAACGGCUACGGACACACCAAGCCAAGGAGCAGUGAUGCCGACUGCGCAAAGCAACGCCAUGCCAGAUAGUGCGUGGGACGCACCAGCGCGCGACAAGGAGCACGGGUCAUCGUUGUGGAGGGAGUACCUCGAGGACCGUUUUGUCCGGGGAGGCGACGAGGAUUUCGACUAUAGCACAGUCGACGCAGAUGAGGAUCUGGAUGUCAUGGCGAGAGACGAAGAGGAAGAGCAAUGGUACGAGGAAGAGGAGCCGCAAUGGGCGCUAGAGGACGACUCUGACUCGCCCAAGAAGGCGCUGUCAGGCCAGACGGGAGUACAGGAUUUCUGAGCGCUGAGACAAUCCAAGGUUGAAGCUCUCGCGGACGUGAGUGUUCGGCAAGGUGAACCAUC